AUGGCAGACACACUGAUAUCGCUGGGACAUUUCUGCGAGAUUCACGGGCCGCAAGCACUUCUGACGACUUCGGUCCAGUCGCCGACUGCAAUCUCGCCGCCGCCGAACGAGACGGGCACAAGUUGCGCCAACUGUUCGUACAACGUGCCAGCCGCAACAACAACUCCACCCGUACUUCGCAGCAAAUGGCGUGACUCGACCUUUGCGACCACACGAGCACCCUCCAAUCCUCUGCUGCGCGAUGCCUGCACGCGUGCCUUGGCCGUCGAGUCUCUGCCUCGUGGUCAGAAUUCCGGUUCCAUGACCUUGACCACCGACCUGGCCACACAAGGACCAAAAGAUCCAAGGACUGUCAAUGUCGCACACGUCUUUCGCCUGCCGGAUCCAAGAGCUAGGGGACAAAGAAGAGCGUAUGCGUUUGUAGCCGUGGGCUCGCGCUCCCUGUUCCGACACCAAAUGACCGUCCGUCGUGCUUUUGAGGCGUGGGCAAAGUCAAUCGUCACACUUGCCGAAACACAUCUGUCUACCAUACAACAUGGAGAAAGCGCAGAAGCCUCGCCAAUUGAAUUGUCUGCCGCCAACGUCGAAUCCUUGCGUAGCUACAGUUCGAGUGCUACACCUUCACCACCGAUGUCUAUGGGCUCCGCUGAACGCACUCCACCGCCUGUAUCUCCACCGCAGCCGCAACGCACUCACUCUCAAGCCUCGUCCAUUGUAUCUACGACAAGCCAUCCUCAGAAGCCAGCACCUACGUCUGCAGUGGUCACACCUGUGUCCAGUUUCCUGUCCGCCAAAUCCGUAGACCCAGACGGCUACCCUCGCUCCUCCUUAUCUGCAGCCUCCCCAUUAGCAAACGUCCCGAAAACUCGCAAUCUGGCUGAGAUUGUUGGAGACGAGUACUUCUUCGUGCGCCUGCAUGCGGAGUUCUGCGGGUUGUUGAAGAGCUUGAUCGAGAGUGAGAUUGCUGAGAAAGGGCCUGAGAUUGAGGAAGAUGGGAAUGGCGUUAUUGAUGAGGAAGACCAAAGGUAUGGAAGUAAUAGUGAUGAUAAUGCUGUCCAGAGUGGUGAGGAUGAUGAAGAUGAGGGAUGUGUUGUUGGCUGGGACAGGUACUGA